GGUGGAAGAAAGGGAGGAAGAGGAGGAGGCGGAAAAGGAAAAGGCGGAGGAGGCGUGGUGGUAUUGCCGGGCCGGGACAUGGAGCAGCACGAAGGGGGCUGAGCGCUUUCCAAGAUGUUGCAGGUCCCGCUGCCGCUGGAUCGGGACGGGAUCCUGUUCCGGCUGCGUUUCACCACACUGGCCCUUGGGACUGUGUUCUGCCCUCUCUUUGGGUUCCUCUUCUGUGUGAUCUGGUCUCUGCUUUUCCACUUCCGUGAGACGACUGCGACCCACUGUGGGGUGCCCAACUACCUGCCGUCCAUCAGCGCGGCCAUCGGGGGCGAGACCCCGCAGCGCUACGUGUGGCGCCUGUGCAUCGGCCUGCACUCGGCCCCGCGCGUCCUCGUGGCCGUGGCCUACUGGAACCACUACCAGAGCUGCCACUGCCCCCACCCCCGCUACCUGCGCCUGUGCCACAUCACCCUGCUGCUCAACCUGCUCGAGAACUUCGCCCUCCUCAUCCUCACCUACGUGUCCUCCACCGAAAACUAUGCAAUCCACGAAAAUGCCUUCAUUGUGUUCAUCACAUCGGCCCUGGGCCACAUGCUGCUCACCUGCAUCCUCUGGAGAAUGACUAAGAAACACACAGUAAGUCCUGAGGAGCGCAAGUCAUACAAGUGGAAGCAGCUGCUCUUCUUCUUCACCUUCAUCACGUUCGCGUUUGCCGUGUGUGUUUACUUCCACCACAACUGGUACUGCGGCCCCGGAGUGUACACCGUCUUUGCCUUCCUGGAGUACCUGGUUGUCCUCUCCAACAUGGCCUUCCACAUGACUGCCUUCUGGGACUUCGGCAACAAGGAGCUGGUGGUGAGCUCGCUGCUGGAGGACAAGCACUUCUAGCCAGCCCCACUGCUGGGGGCUCCUCUUCCCUGGGGGAGGCAGAGAGCCCCUUCCCUGUCCUGCUGGGGCCGGGGUGUUUGCUGUGGAGCCGCUGCGAGGAUCAUCAGAGAUCCCAGGAGUGUCUGUCCCUGGCUGCACCUGCAGCUCUCGUCCAGGGGAGCAGCAGGCUCUUCCCAGGGCCCCCCUGCCGUGCUCCCUGCCAGCUCCAGGAGGGCAAGACAGGAGGGACAGGGACCUGCUGCCUGUUUCUUGGGAGGAUGCUCCAGGCAAGGCAGGAUGCUGCUCCUGGUAUCAGGGCAUGGGUCCAGCCCUGCCCUGUCCUUUCUUGGCCUGGGGGGGGUCUCAUGCUUCCUCCUCCAGGCUGGGCAUCCUGGGGCAAGUCUUCAAAAAGGGCUGGUGGCCUUUUGGACUGGCUUCAGGCACUGGUCUCCCAUUGGACUGGGGCAAGGUCCUGGCCCGUCCCUGCCUGAGUUCCCAGGAGGGGGGCAGGAGGAGCAUACUGGGCCAUACAGGGACUGCCCAGAACAGUGUGGGAGCACCUGGGGCAGGGCAGGUGCUGGGAGCAUCCACAUCUCCCUCCUGCCUUUCCCAGAAGCGCCCCCAGCAGCACAGGCUGCUCCCAGGGGUGCUGUGCCUGUUCCAGCCCAGUUUGGGGAGGAAGGGCGAGUGUGCUGGUGCUGGAGGUCUUUGUUCCAAUGUUCCCAUGGAUUCCCCUGUGCUGCGCUGUGGGGUGGAGCUGGGAACUGCUGGGGCCCAGCAGUGCCCCCAGUGUGUAGCUCUGGCUGCCAGGGCAUGGGGGACAUGGCUGGGUGGAAGCUCGGGUCUGACAGUGUCCCCAAGCUCCUCCUGCAGUGCUGCUGGGAGGGGCACCUGGAGCUGUCCUGAUUUUGGGGAGCUCUGCAUUUGCCAGGGCUCAUCCCACCCCACACUUGGCCAGGAAGGACCAGCGUGGGUCCCUCCCUGCCCUUCACCUGAGCACAGCCACCACUGAGAGUCCCCUGGGAUGUCCCAGUGCUCAUCCCUGUGUUCCCAGGGCUGGGCAGAGCCUCCUCCAGCAGGAGCUGUGGGGCUCUGGCAGAGCUGGGGCCGGGCUGGCUUUGAGCGGGUCCUGCCGCACGUGUCCAUCUUCAGUGUCCCCAUCCAUGGGCUCCAUCCGCGUCCCUGCAUGCGUGUGACGCGCUGCCCCGCGGCGCCUUGGCUUUGAGGUGGAAAUAAAGCUCUGAGUAUUUUUGUGA